CGACACAAUCAGCAUUUCACUUUUCCUGUUGUGUUGUGUACUCCGGCGUUUCAUCGUAUACUUCUUUGUAACGAGCCCACUGGUACUUUCCUCUUUUACCUUUUUUUGUGGCAUAACCCGUAAAUAUCCUCACUUUUCCUUGUCCAUUUCCCACUCUUCCUUCAAUCUUCUUCUUCUUCCCCCAUUUUUCGACCCCAUCUUUCAAGUUAAACAAUCGUUCUGAAACUGAAGAGACUACUUCAAACGAUUUUCAUUUCCUAUUCCUGUUACCAUAAUGUGUUUCUUCCAUUGAUUUUGCUUCUACCUCUUUAUUUUUCUAUUUUCUCAAGUUUUUACCCCACUCUAGGGUUCUCUGUUUGCUUUGUUUUGUCCUCUGCUGAUGGGUAUGGGUUUAAAGAGAAUUAUCUAUAGUUCUUAAAAGGGGUUUCUGCAAAUUGGGUUCUUUUUGCUGUUUCCUACUCAAAAUUGUUGUGGGUACAAAGUUCUUCAUAAAAAAUGCCGGACUCCAAUCACGAACCAUCAAUUUACACUUCAGAUGCCAUGAACAUGCACCAGACCCAACAAGCAGAGGAAGAUAGCGAUGUUGGGGGUGCUGCUGGAGGCGAAGAGUCUGUAGACAACUCUCUCGCUCAGUACCCAGAUGGGGGCUCCAUUUGUGUGGUUAAUAAUGGAGGUGUGGAAGAUGUUGCUCAUAAUGGGGUAUAUGCCCAAGGGUCUCAUUUUCCAGCGUUGCCCGGAAAUGGAAAUGCUGAUCAACUCACACUCUCGUUUCAGGGAGAGGUUUAUGUGUUUGAUGCUGUUUCUCCUGAUAAGGUUCAGGCAGUAUUGUUACUUUUAGGUGGAUAUGAGAUCCCUUCAGGCAUUCCUACUUUGGGGACUAACCCUUUUAAUCAGAGGGGUAUGGGUGAAUUUCCUGGGAGGUCAAUUCCACCACAAAGAGCUGCUUCUUUAAGUCGGUUCCGGGAGAAGAGAAAAGAACGGUGCUUUGAUAAGAAAAUCCGUUAUGAUGUGAGGAAAGAGGUCGCUCUGAGGAUGCAGCGGAAAAAAGGUCAGUUCACAUCAUCCAAAGUAAGUUCCGAGGAUGCAGGCUCGGCUUCUUCCGAUUAUAAUGCAACUCAGGGUUCCGGACAAGAUGAUAUGCAGGAAACCUUAUGUAGACACUGUGGAAUCAGUUCCAAGUUAACUCCCAUGAUGCGUCGAGGACCUGCUGGUCCAAGGACUCUGUGUAAUGCAUGUGGACUCAAGUGGGCAAACAAGGGAAUUUUGAGGGACCUUUCAAAAGUUCCAAGCAUGGAAAUUCAGGAUCCCUCUGCAAAGGCCGCCAACCAAAAUGAUGGGGAAGCUAAUUGCACAGAUGCUGUAACCAUGACUGCAGAUGUUUUAUCUUCUAAUGGAGAUAACCCUUCUCUCCCUGCUAAAGCUGAGUGAUGGGAUGACUGAUGAGCUGCUCCCAUUACGGCGGCUACCAUACAAAUCUGCCGCCUCAAAGCAGAUGCCAGAAAACAACUGUACAUAUGUUCCAUUGCAUUUGAUGAAUCUGAAAAGUAGUAGUAAUAUACUGCCAGUGACUGUAUUUUAGAGGGGACAGAAGACCAACAUUCAUGUCUCUUUAGAACCAGUUCCUCUAAUUCUCGUUUUGAAAGCAAAAACAGAGAAUUUGCACUCGGUAUAUGCAACUGUGGAGCAAUUUCAU